AUGUCCCAGUCUCUCCGAGCGUCGCGCUCGCUCCUCUCCCGCCUUUCUCGGCAACAGGUUUCUUCUCUUUCUCGCCGCACUUUCCUGACCUCCGCUGUCCGUCAGGCCGACCCCGUUCAGGAUCUCUACCUCCGUGAACUCCGCGCCUACAAGCCCACCCCCAUCAAGCCAAGUGAUGCUGAGUCUCACGUUCAGAAGUUCGCCGCUCCUGCUGCCCCCAAGUCCCCCGAGGAGGCCAACCUUGCCAAUGAAUUGAAGGCCUACGAGAACCAGGAAGUUGAGGUUGAGGGUCAGGCUGCUAGCGGUGAGGCCGCCCCCGCCGAGGAGAGCUGGUUCGAGGAGGAAGAAGAAGAGGCUCCUGCUGCUCACUAG